AUGAAUGUUUCUGAUGAAAUUCUAAAGAAAUGUCAAGGGGUUCCACUAGCCAUACUGACUGUAGCCAGCCUUUUGGCUAAUCAUAAGGAGGUAAAUUCAAAGGAUUUCUGGGAAAUGAUACAAAACUAUUUAAGUUUACAGUUGGAAGGAAACCCUGCUUUUCAAUGGAUGAGACAUGUCCUUAAUCUUGGAUACAGUUAUUUAUCUCUGGAUCUCAAGACCUGCAUGCUAUAUCUUGGUAUAUUUCCUGAAGAUUCUGAAAUAAGAAAGGAUGAUUUGGUUAAGAGAUGGGUCGCCGAGGGUUUUGUUGGCCUAGAGGAGAUGGCAGAAAGUUAUUUUAGUGAGCUCAUCAAUAAAAACAUGAUCCAAAUAGCCAGGUUUGAUGACUGUGGGAAUGUGCUGUCUUGUCGAGUGCAUGAUCUAAUGCUUGACUUUAUCAUACUGAAGUCCACAGAAGAAAACUUUAUCACUGUAAUUAAGGAAUCCCCUAUUAUUCGUGAUCCACAUACCAGGAAAUGCUCCAUGGAAGUUCGCCGACUAUCCCUCCAAGUCAGAAAUUCAGAAUGCAAUCAUGUGGUAGGGAGCAUUGCUUUAGCCCAAGUUAGGUCAUUUAACUUUUGGGGCCCUGGUCAAUGUAUGCCUUCUCUCUCGAGGUUUCAACUCGUGCGAGUUCUACAUCUUGAUGUUUAUGAUACCAAGGAAGAGCAGUAUGAUCUAUCUUCUAUAUGCAAUUUGUUCCUACUGAGAUAUUUGAGGAUUGGAGGUUUGAAGUGUGAGAAACUCCUAAAACAAUUGCAAAAAUUGAAACAUCUGAAGAUAUUGGAGAUCGUCGGUGGAGAAAAUGGUGCAUGGCUGGAUGUUCGCUACUUACCCUCAAUGUUGUGGCAUCUCAUCAUUCCUUCAGAUCUGUCUUUGUUUGGUGGGAUCGGCAGGAUGGAAGCCCUCCGUACUUUGCAUGAACUUCACAUCACAGAUUUUGGGCUCCUGGAUGAAUUCAAUCUGAGGACAAAAGUUGAUCUGAAGACAAAUCUGGAGAUCCUGAAGGAACUCGGUAAUCUGAAGAACUUGAGAGAGCUAAAGCUUCACCUGUCCGGACUCACUAACGCUUUUGAAGACUGUCUACUCCCUUCGCUCUGUAGGCUCAGCAGCCUUCAAUCCCUAACCACUAGUGGAGACCACUUAAAUGGUGAUUGCUUGGCUUAUUGGACCCCACCUCCACGCCAUCUUUAUAGAUUGCACGUGCUGAACUGCCCCUUCUCCAUGGUCCCAGAUUGGAUUGUGCGACUUGAAAAUCUCAAAAGCUUGGAGAUGCAACUUGUGUCACUGCCGAGGGUUGGUGUUGAGGUUCUCUCCAGUCUGACCUCACUGGUGCACCUUACAUUGCGUGUUAGGGAUCAUGCUCCCGAAGAAGACGUCGUCGUUAUCCGUGGUUCAACGUUCCCAAACCUCAAGAAUCUUGUCUUCACAUAUGAAGUGCCUUGCCUGGUGUUCGAGGCAGGGGCUAUGCCAAGGCUCGAGGACCUCACUAUAGAGUGUUGCGCAGAAGCUGUGCAGCAUGCCGAUGGUGUUCUUGAUGGCAUCGAGCACCUGGGAAGUCUCAAGGCAUGCAAGGUGAACAUUUACAAGCGGGCCGGGCUCUUUAGGCAAAGUUGUUUUCAUAUGAUGGUAUGCAGUUCAUGUGGAAUGGAAGAAAAGGAUCCACACAUGCAGGGGCAGAGUCUUCAGGCUGCGAUCAGGGAGGCGAUCAACAAGCAACCGGGUAAUCCCAAUAUCAGCAUUAUAACUUUUUGA